AUGGAGUUCACCAAGAACCCUCCCUUGGCUGGUGCAUACACACCUAAGCGAAAUGAGUGUGCAGCCCAGUUCAUUGAUGGAUCUUGGUAUCGUGCAAAGGUAGAGAAGGUUGCUGCCGGCAAAGUCAGUGUUAGAUAUAUUGACUAUGGCAACAGAGAAGACACCCAGUCUGUCAAGUGUGCAGCUCUCCCCAUGGGCUUCCACUCUGCCCCAGGCUAUGCUCAUGAAUUCCAUCUGGCACUUGUGAAAUUCUGCAAAGAUGAAGAUUUUCUUGAAGAUGCAUUGGCAGCUUUCAUGAAUGAAGUGAUGGAUCGUGAGGUAUUAAUUAAUCGCGAGUAUCGUCUUUCUGGUGCUGAAUACGUUUCUAUCCAACGAUCAGACACAAAAGUAGAUGUUGCAAAGACGCUCAUUUCCCAAGGCCUGUUGAUGUUGGAUGAGCGGAAAGACAAACGGCUGCAGUCUGUGGUGAGUGAAUACCGUACAGCCCAAGAAGAAGCCAAGAGGAAGCACUUGAACAUCUGGCAGUAUGGUGACAUCACUGAUGAUGAUGCCCAUGAAUUUGGCAUGGAACGAUAAAGAGGUGGAAAG